AUGUCCCAGCAGCCUCCCAGCUUUUUUCCGACAACUGCAAUCGACCAUGCGUUUGCCGGUCUGGGGGCGGGCAUCGUCGCGGUGCUCUGCAUGCACCCGUUGGACUUGCUCAAGGUCAAAUUUCAGGUGGCCACAGAAAAGCCGCGGGGAGGAGUGGGCAAGCAGAUAUGGCUGUCCUUGAAAGAUAUCAAAGAGCAGCAAGGCUGGCGGGGACUGUACAGAGGUCUUGGCCCUAACGUUGUAGGAAAUGCGACUAGCUGGGGAUUCUACUUCCUUUUUUACAAUAUGCUCAAGAACCGUGCAUCAGGCGGUGAUCCGAACUACAAGCUGUCUGCUGGCUCUUAUCUUUUAUGCUCCGCGGAAGCGAGUGCCGUCACGGCUAUCAUGACAAACCCAAUAUGGGUUGUGAAGGUCCGGAUGUUCACGACACGAGCAGGCAGUCCCGAAUCGUAUCGUGGCCUAUGGCAUGGUCUUACCUCGAUAUACCGCAUGGAGGGCAUUCGAGGCCUUUAUCGUGGAACAUCCCUCGCACUCUUCGGUGUCAGUAAUGGCGCGAUCCAGUUCAUGACAUACGAGGAAAUGAAACGAUGGGGCUUCGAGCGGAAACGCCAGCAGUUUGCCCAGGCAGGCAGAGCAUACACUCCAGCAGACGAUAAACUGUCGAAUACGGCAUACACAGUAAUGUCAGGCGCUAGCAAACUCACGGCCCUUACAUUAACCUAUCCAUAUCAGGUGGUAAGAUCACGGAUCCAAAACAAUGCCACCGCCCAUUUAUACCCUACAAUAAGAGUCUGCGUAAAGCGCACAUUCUCCGAAGAGGGCUUCCGGGGCUUCUACCGAGGUCUCGGCACAAACCUGGUCCGCGUUCUUCCAGGCACUUGUGUUACCUUCGUCGUCUACGAAAACCUUGCAUGGCUUCUCCGAACAUCUGCAGUACGGAGAGAGCAAACAAAUCGAGCCCUCACGACAACAUCCAUCAGCUGACAUGACCUUGAGCAACGUAAAAGUACGAUUGUAUGAGUAUAUCGGCACGCUAGAACUAAGAGGUAUCCAUACUCGGACACUAUGUAAAGUACUAGUGUUCCGUCAAAUAAUGCCCUCUUUCUCCCACUCG